UUGCAAUGCAUUGUGGGUUCGUUGAAAUUUAUUUGUGAACAAGAGUCAUGAAUGUUUUCACAGUUUAAUUUGAAUUAACUCUUGUAGAUAACAUGUUAUGGCACUAUUUUGCAUGCCAGGCAACUCUUGAAUAUUUUCAGUAUCAUAUAAGCUAGGUGACAAAACUGCAGGCCUCGUCUAUUUCUUCAACAAAAGGAGAUACUAUUCUAUCAACUGAAAGUGGAAGACUGUGUUGCUCAGAAAUCUUCAUCUAUCAGUCAACAAUGUCUCGACAAGAACAACAGAAGAAACACAACUUCAAGUUGGUCAUUGAUCCAAUGUUACAUCGUGGUGGUCAGAAAAUCUAUCGUUUUAAUGGAAUUGAUCCUGCUGACAACACACUUAUUCCAGUGAAAGAUCCACGACCAAGAUACUUAAGAUUCUGGUCAAAGAAAAACCCUGCUGACCUUCCAGUCCCAAAGUUUCAGUUUGACGAACAUUACAUUGGAAUUCCACCUCCCAAUGAAGUGACGUUCACAAACCUUAAUGACAACAUCAACCGUGAUUUCCUUGAGAAGAUGUGUGAUUCUUUUGGCAAGGUGGAGGAAGUCAAGAUUUACUUCAACCCCAAAAACAAAAAACAUAUGGGCAUUGGCAAGGUGGUGUUCACAAGUUCCAAAGCAGCGAAAGCAUGUGCUGCCAAGUUAAACCAAACCUCAAAGAUGGGAAACAUUAUGGAAGUUUAUGUUGAUCAGCUAGGAACUGAGAGGCAGAAAGUGAUUGACAGCAUACUGGAGAACAAGCCAAAGGUUCAGAUGCAGAAGCCACCGUCACCAAAGAUAGACCCACGGACCGGCCUGCCACUUGAUAUAUCUAAUGCACUACACAUAGAUCAUGACACCCCAGUGAUUCCCCUGCAACAAACUAAUGCACCUCCUCCGGCAGCAUACAAUGCUGGGUUGGCAGAUCCUCUUGGUCUGAACGCUCCACAGCCACCAGUGAUCCCUUUUGAACAAACUCCCUCCGAGUAUAACUUCAAUGCCAACCAUGUGGACCCAGCAUUUAUGAACACCCCUGGGUCUGGUAGCAUUCCCCAGGGACAGUUUAACAAUAACAAUAACCAUAAUCAGUUUAACUUUGGUGGAGGUGCAAGUUCUGAUCCAAGAAGAGGUAGUGGCUAUGGGAAUAGAAAUCAUGGCAACUUCAGUACACCAAGUGCGAGUAGUGGCUUCUGCAGCACACCUAGUGGGUCUAGUAACUUUGGUAAUACUCCUUUGAGCUUUGAUAGUGGGAUACCAAGAACACCAAUUACACCACAAACACCACAUGUUAAUGACUCAAAACUUGACUUUGAGGUUCACCAUGAGAACAGAAGAGGAAGGCACAAUAAGCGUGACCGACGAGAUAGUUAUAAUAACAGAGAGAAGAAAGAUAGUUAUAAUAGUAGAGACAGUUACAACAACAGAGAGGGUUACAACAAUAGAGAUAGUUAUAACAACAGGGAAAGGGGAAAGGACAAAUACGGAGCACGAGAUACCAGAGACAGGAACAGGAGAGACUGGAGAAAAGAUGAGAGGGACGACUGGAAUAACAGGGACACUCGAAACAACAGAUACAAUGAGAAAGACAGGGACAAGAAUAAGUCUGAUAGAAACAAAGACUUUAGAAACAGUCGUGAACCAGACAUUCCAUUGCCAUCAAGAAACAAGGCACCAGAGCCUGCCCCCGUGUUCCCUCCCCCACCCCCUCCGGAAGAGGAAGUCUUGCCCCCUGUGGUUCCCAUGUUCACCACUCCCCCUAAGCCCCCACCACUUAUGAUUCCUCCCCCCCAGGUGCCCCUGGAGCCAGUCCAGCCUGUGCUGCCCUCACCGUCGCAGAAGGAUGAGGAUGAAACCCGUAGUAUGAGUCUCGACUCACGUAUUCAGAGCCUUCUGUGUGGCUUCAAAAGUCCUGAACCAGCUCAAUCCAAAACCCCACCAUCCAUGAAACCACUAUCCCAUGGCCAAUCACCCAUGGACAUGGCCCCAGGGUCCGUGCCCGCACAAGAUGAUGACGACAGAAUGAGCUUAGACUCAACAGGCAGCGGGGGAGAACCAGGGGCCAUUGAAGUCCAUGCAACCAAUACAGCUGUGCCUCCCCCGCAUAUACCUAAUGACUUUCCCAACUCCAGUGCUCAAGUGUCAAACUGGCAACAACAGAAUGAUCUCAAUAGCUUCAAUAUGCCUUCUGGAUAUAUGAACAACUAUGGCAAUGGAAAUUAUAACCAAAACUUUGUUAAUCAGGUUAAUAAUGAAAUAAACAACAAAAUAUCUAAACCCAAAGACCCUAAAGAAGAAGCAGAUAAACAUGAACUUACAUUUAGUGAUGUGUUAGAAAACUUUGUUACCGAGUUGAAAGAUAUUAUGACAAAAGACUUGUGCAAGAAAAUGGUGGAAACUUCAGCUUUUAAAUCUUACGAAAGCUGGUGGGAUGAUGAAGAAGCGAAGACCAAGAAAACCGUAGAGAAAUCCAAGCCAGAGGAGAAGCCAGUUAAGCCAGUGGCCGUCCCGACUGAGGUGACCCCUUCCUUACAGGGUCUGUUUGCCCAACCGGACAAGCCAAAGCACCCCUGGAGCAAAGAGGGAGAGUUCAACAUUGCCGCUGCCUAUGUAAACAGCAACAUGGGGGCAGGGCCGUAUGGAGGCCUCUUGGGCAUACGAUCGGGGAUGCCACGACUGCCAUCUUUUAAGAAGAAGGUUGUACAGAAGACGCCAGAGGAGAUAGAGCGUGAAGAGCGUCAUGAGAGGCGUGAGCAGGAGAGACGGGAUAGGCGGGAGAGGAAACAACGGGAGCGGGAGGAACGACAGAGAAUACAGGAACAGACUAAUAAGGAGGAGUCUGAGUCAGAGCUUGAGGAGGCUGUUAGUAAGGCUAAGAAGAAGAGUGAGAGCAGCAGUGAAGAAGGGGAGGAAUCUGAGGAUGGAGAGGCCGAGUCAUCUGAUGCAGCUGGAUCAUCUAGUGACGAGGAGUCAUCUUCGGCAGCCAGCUCCAGUAGUGAGUCCUCUGACGAUAGUGAUGAGAGUGAAAGUGGCUCUGGGUCUGAUUCCAGCAGCGAGGCUGCAUCCUCCUCCAGCGAUGAUGAUGAAGACCAGAAGGUUUCUUCAUCCAGGGCCUCCAAAAAGGACAGUGACAGUGAGUCUGAGAUGGUGAAGGUGACAACAUCAUCAUCAUCAUCGUCGUCCCCUGCCACAUCAUCAGGGGAGGAGUCUGGCGGGGAGGAGAAGGAAGAAGAGAGGGAGGUUACCACACAGUCCGAGGCUAAGAAGCGCUCACAAGAGGACAUGGAGGUGGACACUGACAGAACCCCUCAGAAGUCUCGGUCUGAGUCUCCUGUUGAUGUGGAAACACCGAUGUCCGACAAGGAGCAGAUGGAUAUAGAGACAUCUAAGGAACUUGAUCAGUCUCCUCUGGACAAACAGAAAACCAAACUACCUCUUAAAACGCCUCCAACUAAGCGAGGAAGGAAACGAUCCGUUCAACAGGAAUCACCUCCGGUCAACACCAACCACAUGCCUGACAGUUUUAGUCCUCAGGACUCUGGUACUACUGAAUUAAGUGGUUUGUCCUUGCUUAGUGAGGCUGCAUCAAUGUCAGUAAGGGAACUAGUGGAGAAAUCUCAGCAGCGAAAACUACCUGAUGAUGGAGCUUCUCAAGAUAGCGAUGAAAAUCGGCCAAGAUUUUUGUCAGAACAUGCAUACUAUGCUCAACCUGCAAAUGUUCAGGAGGAUCAAGAGUCAACAGCAACUCUGUCUGCUGAGGAGGAUAAUGAGGCGGAGGAUGAACUUCGUGGACAUCGCCUUGUCUGGAUAGAUCACAAUUACUGCCAGGUGCCCUCACCCCAGCUCCUGGCAGAGUGGACCAGGGAGUACGAGAAAACACAGGCACUUAUUAAGGCUAUCGAGAGAAAGACUGUUGAACAGCAGAGAGAAAUUACAAAAGUGGAAGAUAAGCCUAAGAAAGGCAGAAAGAGAAAGAACACUUUGGAAGCCUUGGCUGAUAUCACUAAUAAGCGAGAGCCUAAAGUCAGCAGAGAGCUUGCUAGUUUACUUGAACCUGUGAAACCAAAGGAAAUUAUUAAGUAUGGAGCUCGGACUUAUGAAGAAGAAAGACAAGUGUUCUAUAACAUUUUCAAUGGGGGUAUUGAUAUAGAGGAUAUUAGCUAUUUAAAAAAGUGCUAUGAACAUUUGUUAUCAACAGAUGACCCUAUGUUUUAUUGGUUAAAUGACAUUCUCUGGGUGGACCAUCCCCUCACAAAUAUUCCAGACCCAAUUCCUUCAAGAAAGAGGAGAAAAAUAGAUUAUCAGGAAAUUCCAACAUCGAAACAUAAAACUGGGUGUGCACGUACGGAAGGCUACUACAAGUUGAGUAUGAAAGAGAAGGCCUCAUACCUGCAACAUGCAUACAACCAACAGAAGGCAGCUGAGAAGGCCAAGGCUAUGGAGGAGGCUAACACCUCCAAGACAAAGCAGACGUCCGUCCGAGACCUGCGGCACGAGAAUCGGAGACUUCACGUGCAGUUGCAGGAGUUUGAAUUCUCUGGUGAUCUCUUCAAGUUUAAUCAGCUCAAGGGUCGUAAGAAGGCAUUGAGGUUUAGCCGGGGUGGUAUCCACGACUGGGGCUUGUUUGCUCUUGAGCCCAUCUCCCAGGACGAAAUGGUGAUCGAGUAUGUAGGCACCAGUCUCCGCCAGUCAGUAGCCGACCUUCGAGAGAAGCAGUACGAGGCUAGCGGCAUCGGCAGCAGCUACCUAUUCCGGGUUGAUGGGGAAACUAUUAUUGAUGCUACAAAGACCGGCAACCUUGCUCGCUUUAUUAACCACAGCUGUAAUCCCAACUGCUAUGCGAAGGUUAUCACUGUGGAUGGACAGAAGAAAAUUGUGAUAUAUUCUCGUCGGGACAUUAAUGUGAACGAGGAGAUAACGUACGACUACAAGUUCCCCAUUGAGGAUGAGAAGAUACCGUGUCUGUGUGGAGCCAGCACCUGUAGAGGCACGCUCAACUAGUGGCCCAUCAGUCACCAUACUCAUCUUGUCACUCCGUUCACGUUCAACUCUUGUUUUCAAGUAUUAGUCAUGUUCUCGUGUGUGUAUCGGUGAAGUUUUUGAUGUGUUGAAGACCUUUCUUGCUGUGUAAAGCUAAGAAUGUGAUUUUCAGGUCUUACUCUGUGUCUCUAGUUUUAAUUAAUUAUUAGUGUAUUUGUUUAUUUAUUUUAGGAAUAAUUGAAUGUAUUUCAAUGCAUUCUUUGAUGCGACUUCUUUCAAAAAUAAAAUACAGUGCCAUUUACUUACUGUGAGAGAGUUUAUAAUUUUCCAUACAUACAUGUUUAUCAGUAUGCAUUCCUUUUAUUGUCAGAUUUAUUUUUAAUGUAAAAUAGCAAUGUUAAAGCAGUCUGAAGUUUCAUAAUAAGUAAAUAGUUAUGCUAUUUUGUUUUCAAUUUUGUGAUGAACUGCAAUGUAACUUUCAGUAUUGAUAUUCUGUAUUAAAUCAGUAAUCACAUCAGUUAUAUGAAUUUCUCUAUAAUGUCUGUAUCGAUUUUUUUUUAAAUAAUGUCUUUAAGAAUUGCUCGGAGGAAAGUGUUCGUGAGUUGUAAAAAGCCUGUAAUAUGACCAGUAUUUAUCCGUUAUGUUGUGACAUAUGUGAAGGACUAUACAAAACCAGAUGUGUGUUAGUUUCUUGUGAAUCUUUAAAGAGCAGUGAAGAUGAUGUUUAUUGACUGUAGUAUUGAACUGGGGAGCAAUUCAAUGAAUGGCACAGUUUACAUGCUUAAAGAAGCGUCAUAGAAACUAUCACCAUGCAUUUCCUUGAAAUGGACAUGAUCACAUAUUCUUUCAUUGUAUAUUGUCAUUAAUCAUGGGACAGAUUUUUACAAAUGUGCUAAACUAUUACAAAAAUGAAUUUAAUGGAUUGGUUCACCUACUCCAGCUUUGGAAGUAUGUGUACGAAUUAUGAAAAUAAAAUGUAAAAUACAUCA